AUGAUCUUGUUGCCGAUUUUACGAGUUCCACUAAAACUACUGAGACUAAAACUAUGUUAUGCGAAUAUAUUUUUUCGUGAUAUUAAUCUGCGUGGUAUCGUUGUUGAAUCGAUCACUUCAGUGUCAAAAACUGUUGUAGUUUGCGUAGCAGGUUUUGAGGGUCUUUCAUCAACAGCACCUACAUUUCUUAAUUUAACAGAAGAAUUACUUUUAUCAGCAGCAAUUCCAAUUGCUGAAGUUUUUCGUUAUGAUUCAACAGGCAUUGGUCUGUCCGAUGGUAAAUAUUAUAAAAUGACAAUUGCUCUCUGUCUUGGCAGUUGUAUAAUUUCACAAUUUUUGAAUUCAACAGGAAAUUAUUUUCACAUAGAAAAAAUUAUUUUACUUGCACCAGCCUUAGAUCAACACGAUCUUCAUCGUUAUUGCAAACCAAUCGACGUUUGUAAAUCGUAUCGAGCACGUUUAUGCUCACAAGAAGACUUUUCAUUUAAAUUAAAUGAUUACGAAAAUCACAUUCUUCAUAUACAUGGUAAUCAAGAUUUUGUUGUUCCUAUUGAAAGUAUUAAACGUCCAUUGAAACAUACAUUAAUUGUAAAUACGAACGAUCAUGAUUUAGAGGAACCGGAUAUUUUACAAGAACGGACAAUAAAAGCUGUGGAAUUUAUUUGUAGAAAUGAAUAA